CAUUUCAUUGGUGCUUUCGUUUUUGCGGUAAAGAUUUUUUUUUUAAAUUGGACAGUCGUAGUUUUUUCUUCUCAAGUCCACCAACAUGUCUGAGCAGAACAUUGACCCUAGUGCUAGCAAUCAAAGACCAAAAGAAUCGACAACUUUGUCCACUAAUCCUAAAGAAAGACACUCCGUCAGCAAACGGUUACAGCAAGAACUAAGGACAUUAUUGAUGUCGGGCGAUCCUGGAGUCACCGCAUUCCCAGAUGGUGACAAUCUCUUUAAGUGGAUUGCAACUCUCUCCGGACCUAAAGGAACUGUGUACGAGAGCUUGAGCUACAAGCUUUCCAUGGAGUUCCCUAGCGGCUACCCAUACCAGGCCCCCACUGUGAAGUUUGACACGCCAUGCUACCACCCCAACGUGGACCAGCAUGGCAACAUCUGUCUGGACAUCCUCAAGGAGAAGUGGUCUGCUCUGUACGACGUCAGGACCAUACUGCUGUCUCUGCAGAGUCUGCUCGGAGAACCCAACAAUGACAGUCCGUUAAACGUACAGGCAGCAGAACUCUGGAGUAAUCAAGCGGAGUACAAGAAGGUGCUACUUGAAAAAUACCAUAAAAAUGAGACCGAGAAAAAAUAGUGCUCAAAUACAGAAUUGUGAUAUAGACUUUAGACACUUACCGGUUAUUUUCAUUUUAUGGUCGUUUUUUUUUUUGUCAAAACAUUUUUGUUUGGAGCUAUAUGAUUAAAGCUUUUAUUGCUAAAUAGCCACAUAUCAAAGUGAGCAAGAGUUGUUAAUAACCCAAUAAACAAAGGUAACUGGAUGAUUGUUUCUAUUGUAACAAAAUGAGCAUGAUCUGACAUAUAUUUAAAAAUCUAAUAUAAACUAAAUUUACCCAAUUUUUCGCACAGGAUCUGAGAUAUAUUUGUGUUGUUUGUUGCCUGUUUUAUAAUAAAAUUGGUAUACAUGUAUGUAAAAAUAUCACAGCGACUUUUGUUUGGAAUGGCACUGAUAACCUCAGUAAUAAACAUUUGAGUUUUGGCAAUACCAUUAAAUGUUUUCGUGAGAAAGAACAUUUGAUACCCUUUCUGAUUUGUGAUACUUAUAAUGUUUCUAUUAUGAAGUCAUGUGCAUGACUUCAUUAUAAUACAGUUGUAAAUAAACAUUUUAGUACAUGAA